CCUGAACAGUGUACAAAAAUAUUAUUUUAAAACACACACAAAAAUAUCCACCAAAAAUAUUAUUAGUAUUUUUUCAAUGUUUGUAUUUAUUUGUUGCCAAAACUUGUUCCGGUGCAAUCCAUCCCAUCCCAUCCAUUUUCUACCGCUUAUUCCCUUUGGGGUCGCGGGCGGCGCUGGUGCCUAUCUCAGCUACAAUCGGGUGGAAGGCGGGUACACCCUGGACAAGUCGCCACCUCAUCGCAGGGCCAACACAGAUAGACGGACAACAUUCACACUCGCAUUCUUACAGUAGGGACCAUUUAGUGUUGCCAAUCAACCAGGUGCAUGUCUUUGGAGGUGGGAGGAAACCGGAGAACCCGGAGGGAACCCACGCAGUCACGGGGAGGACAUGCAAACUCCACACAGAAAGAUCCCAAGCCCGGGAUUGAACCCACGACUACUCCGGACCUUUGGAUUGUGAGGCAAAUGCACUAACCCCUGUUCCACCGUGCUGCUCUAUUCCGGUGUCAAUAGAACUUUUUCUACAAUGUAUUUUUUUUUAUACCAAAUCUUAUUGGGAGUGACUACGUUUCCACGUACUAAAUUAGUCUGAUUUCUCAAAUUGUUAGUUUUUUUGUAUUUUCAUACCUAUAUGUGAAGUCUGUGUCCAUGCACACUCUCUAAUGCGACUACUGGUCAUAAGCCGUGUGCCUCCUGUACACUUGUUGUGCUUAUUUCCUUUUAGCGCGAAUUAAUGUAUUACUUUUCAGGUUGACUUAUGACGUGACACCAAAACAAGGUAUCUUUGCAGAUCCUUACAAGUCAAGAGCCUCGUUCUUGUUGUACCUAAUGUCCGCUGUAAUUUUGCCACAGAUUACAAAUAUUACAGCUCUAAAGGUUGUCUUGAUAUUAAUCAGCAUCUCGUAUCAAUAAGAUGAUUGCGCUACGAACAUCACACCAAGAAGGUCUACCAACAUACUCCAACAUACUACCAACAAGGUCUCGGAAUUUCGGAUUUAAAUGCAUGUUCGAAGCAAAGAACGACUGGUGGGAGAGAGUUGCUUCAAAGGAAUUUUCAGACAGAGAAUGGAAAGACAUUUUUUGAAUGUCUGGAAGUUCAUUGAAUAAGCUCAGUGGAUUGAUGGAAUUUUAAGUCUGAAGGAAAAGACUGUUUGUUUGUGCCCUGAUACCGCUUCAGAUGAGGGUUGCUAUUGUUGUGUACAGGCUUGCCAGUUGUGUGGAAUACAGUUAUUUUUAAUUAGUUUGGACUGCACCAAUGCAGCGUGAAAAGGUUUGUGUUAGUUUUCUUCUUUGCCUUGAAUAUACCUGCUUCUCUUCCAUCUCACUUGUUUUUGUUCCCCCAAAUCGGUGGGCUUCAAAAUGUUCCAGUCUUUUGAUUUGUGAAUCAAUUAAACAGUCUCCUAUUCAUUCUAGUGUUGCUAUGGUUUUAUUGAACGUGAUCCACUUCCGAGUUAUAACCCGCAUGUUGAGACUGGCGCAUGCGCGACACGAAAGGUCUCCUGCGAUGGCACACAUCCACUUGAGAGAUGUGGUUUCUCCUAACCCCGUUUCUAUAUGAUUUGGGAAAUUGUGUUGGAUGUAAAUAUAAACGGAAUACAAUGAUUUGCAAAUCAUUUUCAACCCAUAUUCAGUUGAAUAUGUUACAAAGACAACAUAUUUGAUGUUCAAACUGAUAAAACAUUUUUUUUUUUGCAAAUAAUCAUUAACUUUAGAAUUUGAUGCCAGCAACACGUGACAAAGAAGUUGGGAAAGGUGGCAAUAAAUACUGAUAAAGUUGAGGAAUGCUCAUCAAACACUUAUUUGGAACAUCCCACAAGUGUGCAGGCUAAUUGUGAACAGGUGGGUGCCAUGAUUGGGUAUAUAAACAGCUUCCCAAAAAAUGCUCAAUCUUUCACAAGAAAGGAUGGAGCUAGGUACACCCCUUUGUCCACAACUGCGUGAGCAAAUAGUCAAACAGUUUAAGAACAACGUUUCUCAAAGUGCAAUUGCAAGAAAUUUAGGGAUUUCAACAUCUACGGUCCAUAAUAUCAUCAAAAGGUUUAUAGAAUCUGGAGAAAUCACUCGACGUAAGCGGCAUGGCCAGAAACCAACAUUUAAUGAUUGUGACCUUUGAUCUCUCAGAUGGCACUGUAUCAAAAACAAAAUCAAUCUCUAAAGGAUAUCACCACAUGGACUUAGGAACACUUCAGAAAACCACUGUCACUAAAAACAGUUUGUUGUUACAUCUGUAAGUGCAAGUUAAAGCUCUACUAUGCAAAUCGAAAGCCGUUUAUCAACAACAUCCAGAAACGCCGCCGGCUUCUCUGAGCCCGAGAUCAUCUAAGAUGGAAUGAUGCAAAGUGGAAAAGUGUUCUGUGGUCUGACAAGUCCACAUUUCAAAUUGUUUUUGGAAGUAUUCGGCAUCGUGUCAUCCGGACCAAAGGGGAAGCGAACCAUCCAGACUGUUAUCGACGCAAAGGUCAAAAGCCAGCUUCUGUGAUGGUAUUGGGGUGCAUUAGUGCCAAAGGCAUGGGUAACUUACACAUCUGUGAAGGCACCAUUAAUGCUGAAAAGUACAUAAAGGUUUUGGAACAACAUAUGCUGCCAUCUAAGCGCCGUCUUUUUCAUGGACGCCCCUGUUUAUUUCAGCAAAACAAUGCCAAGCCACAUUCAGCACGUGUUACAACAGCGUGGCUUCGUAAAAAAAGAGUGCGGUUACUUUCCUGGCUCUCAUGCUGUCCAGACCUGUCUCCCAUCGAAAAUUUAUGGCGCAUUAGGAAGCGUAAAAUACGACAGUGGAGACCCCGGACUGUUGAACAACUGAAGCUCUACAUAAAACAAGAAUGGGAAAGAAUUCCACUUUCAAAGCUUCAACAAUUAGUUUCCUCAGUUCCCAAACAUUUAUUGAGUGUUGUUAAUAGAAAAGGUGAUGUAACACAGUGGUGAGCAUGCCCUUUCCCAACUACUUUGACACGUGUUGCAGCCAUGAAAUUCUAAGUUAAUUACUAUUUGCAAAAAAAAAACAAAGUUUAUGAGUUUGAACAAUAAAUAUCUUGUCUUUGUAGUACAAUUAAAUUGAAUAUGGGUUGAAAAGGAUUUGCAAAUCAUUGUAUUCGGUUAUGUUUACAUCUAACACAAUUGCCUAACUCAUAUGGAAACGGGUUUUGCCUAAUCUAGGUGUGUUAGUUUGACUUUUCAAAAGACGAACAUGAUCACAUUUAGGUGUUUUCAUGGGUUGUAGGAUGCUUCUUUUAAGCCAAAUUAUAUGAGAAGUCGAACUAAUUUAGUGCAUGAAAACAUAGUCAGUGUUUUGGCUCCAUAGCUAACAGCUAACUUUGUAUGUUCAUACCCAACAUAAUAAUCCUUAUCUCCAUUGUGACUACUAUUAUCACUGAAUUCAAAAUGUGUUGCCCAGUGUCAGAAAGUUUGGUCUCAGUCGCAGGUCAACAAGACAAUGAGCCGUUCUUAUUUAGAUCAGGCAAAGCUGACAAAUCUAUUUCACAUAAACAAAACAAUUAUUUGUUAGCUAAAGAUAAGUGAACUUGUCUGUUAUAAUUUUACUUACUGGUAGAUGAACAUAUGGGCCUUGUGGAGAGAAGAUACGCACAAAAUCUGGUAAGAUUUUUUUGUUAAAAUACUUAAUUAAUGCAUUGCUUCCACUCAUAUGAGGUUUGUGCUGUUAUCUGUUCAGGCCACACAGCUGCUGACCACACAUUCUUCUAUGCAGUUCUGUUUGACACCUUAUCCAUGAACUCUGGCAGACAUGUCUUUAAAAGCAUCUCUUGGCAGCUGUCAGGUGUGUUGGGCUUGCGAGUGUCCUUGCAAGGUGUUUCUGCUACUACCCUGGUGCAUUCAAAGUCUCUGCGCGGUCACCGAGACUGCUUCGAGAAGAGCCACCUCAUCGCCAACCAGAAGUUGUCACAUUCCAAGGUCUCCCGAAGUGCCUACGAGGGCAUGAAGCUGGCCUUCAGCCAAAAACUCAACUCUAUCAUCCAGUACGCCCAGAACAAAGACAAUGUCACCACAAACGGCUUCAGUAGACGCGGAAGCAGGCUCGUUCGUUACAGCCAGAAGAGCGACUGCCAGCUUCUGCCUCAGACGGAAGCCCUGGUACCCCGCUACACCCCCUGCCGGAAGCACAGCGAAGCAACACGAUUGCCCGAUUACACCAUGGGAAUGUUGGAGUGCCACACGGCCCAGGAGCGGAGGGUUCUGCAAAACUCUCAUGGGGAGCUUUGGAAAACUCUACAGAUCCGGAAUCGAGCAACAGUAGAAGGGCAAUGCAGACAUCAGAACCACAGCAGAGAAGAAUUGACUAAAAUGAGUGUGGAUGAGCUUCAUCAAUUGAACACACAGCUUCUCAUGCAGAUUCAAAAAGUCUUCAAGGAGCUGACUGCGGCCGUGCAGGAGAAAGACUCGCUGUCGUCCGAGCUGCACGUGCGUAACGUAGCCAUUGAGCAGCUGUUUGAGAACUGUGCCAAACUGCCCUGGCUGCACAUCAGCAGGGCUGGCAGGGUGAAGGCCAGCAGCGCCAGUGUAGAGUGACACUUUUUUUUUUAUAUAUGUCUGCUGCUGUGACACUGGAGUCAAACUGGCGAAUAAGCUUCUCACGCUAAAGCUUCUCACGCUAACAACGCCACGCUCGCGUCCAAUGAGAUCACAUUACUAUCUGAGGAUUGAUCACCUCUGGGAUCUAAAAUGUGUUGUUUGAUCACAUCUUUUUUUAUGGUUCAUUUUUUUGUUUCUGAUCGUUACACCGAAAGUGUUUUAAUGAUAGUGGGUUACACAACGUAGCUCCACACUGGCAGUCAAAGUACUGCUGCUGCUCUCUGAUGAUGACAUUUACAAAGAUGCCACACAUUCUGCAAAUUAUGAGCUAUUCCACCCAAUCAUCCAUCCAUCCAUUUUUUCCCGCUUGUCCCUCUGUGUUUCCUAAACUGCAAUUUUCCCUUUUUCAACUCAAAAAUUGAUAAUAAUACACCUAUUAAACUACGGGCAGCACGGUGGGACAAGGGUUAGUGCGUGUGCCUCACAAUACAGAGGUCCUGAGUAGUCCUGGGUUCGAUCCUGCGCUCGGGAUCUUUCUGUGUGGAGUUUGCAUGUUCUCCCCGUGACUGCGUGGGUUCCCUCCGGGUACUCCGGCUUCCUCCCACCUCCAAAGACAUGCACCUGGGGAUAGGUUGAUUGGCAACACUAAAUGGUCCCUAGUGUGUGAAUGUUGUCUGUCUAUCUGUGUUGGCCCUGCGAUGAGGUGGCGACUUGUCCAGGUUGUACCUUGCCUUCCGCCCAAAUGCCGCUGAGAUAGGCUCCGGCACCCCCCACGUCCCCAAAAGGGACAAGCUGUAGAAAAUGGAUGAAUGGAUAUUAAACUACAGACGUCCCUCGCUUAUCACCAUUAGUUCCAGACCCUGUUGCAAUAAUUGAAUGUCUAUAAAGAAAAAGUUCUCAUUUAUAAAUUUAGUUUUUUCAUACUUAGAAUAUAAACAUCUGUUUAUGACCUUUUUAAAUAUGUUUAACAUUAUUAGAGUCCUCCACACAUAAAAUAACAGCCACUGGUCUUACCCAAUGUCGUAAGACAAGUGUAAAAGCAAAACAACAAUUUUACUAAUAUAUUUUGGAAACAUGGGAUAAAAGUGGGCAGCAUGGUGGUACAGGGGUUAGUGCAUCUGCCUCACAAUACGAAGGUCCUGAGCAGUCUUGGGUUCAAUCCCAGGCUCAGGAUCUUUCUGUGUGGAGUUUGCAUGUCCUCCCCGUGAAUGCGUGGGUUCCCUCCGGGUACUCCGACUUCCUCCCAUCUCCGAAGACAUGCACCUGGGGAUAGGUUGAUUGGCAACACUAAAUUGGCCCUAGUGUGUGAAUGUUGUCUGUCUAUCUGUGUUGGCCCUGCGAUGAGGUGGCGACUUGUACAGGGUGUAACCCGCCUUCCGCCCGAAUGCAGCUGAGAUAGGCUCCAGCAACCCCUAAAGGGACAAGCGGUAGAAAAUGGAUGAAUGGAUAUUAAACUACAGACGUCGCUUGCUUAUCACCAUUAGUUCCGGACCCUGUUGCAAUAAUUGAAUGUCUAUAAAGUAGGAUUUCUCAUUUAUUAAUUUAGUUUUUCCAUAGAGUAUAAACAUCUGUUUAUGACCUUUUUAAAUAUGUUUAACAUUAUUGGAGUCCUCCACACAUGAAAUAACAGCCACUAAUCUUACCCAAUGUCGUAAGACAAGUGUAAAAGCAAAACUACAAUUUUACUAAUAUAUUUUGGAAAAAUGGGAUAAAAGUGAAGAUGUGGAAUUAGUUGUGGCGAGUGACAACUGUAUUGAAAAUGUGUAUUGCUUCCAUUUAUCCAUCCAUCCAUUUCCUACCGCUUAGUCCCUUUUGGGGUGGCGGGGUUGGGGACUGGUGCCUACCUCAGCUACAAUCGGGCGGAAGGCAGGGUACACCCUGGACAAGUCGCUACCUCAUCGCAGUGCUUCCAUUUAGGCCACUUUAUUUUUGUACAAGGUUUCUAAGCAAAGAUGACUUAUUUGAGUAACGGGAGUGAGUUUUUUGCAUGGAAUGAUCAAAUCUGUGAAAUAUGGCCACAUGGCAUUUUUGCGAAUAGCAUAUUGACACUAAACACAUAUGAUGGAAUAUACAUACAAUUUUAAUGAGUUAACUUACUUUUGUUCUUUGUGGCCUGUAGAGAGUUUGAAUGACACGACCUGCGACUUGUGGAAUAUCAAAUUAUUUUCAUUGGGGGUAACAGGAUUAAGUGAGAACUCAGAGUCGCCCAAAACGCAUAUAUAUAUAUAUAUAUAUA